AUGUCUCGUCUUCUCUACGCUCUUGGUGCGUUGGCUCUGGGCCAAAGUGCCCUGGCAGCUCCCCAACUGUCUCCUCGUGCUACUGCCAGCUUAGAUGCCUGGCUAGCCACCGAGACUACUGUCUCCCUGAACGGAAUCCUCAACAAUAUCGGUGCCAGCGGUGCUUAUGCCAAAAGUGCCAAAAAUGGUGUCGUGAUUGCUAGUCCUAGCACGAGCAGCCCAAAUUAUUACUAUACGUGGUCCCGAGACUCUGCGCUCACUUUGAAGGUUUUGAUUGAUCUCUUCCGUAAUGGAAAUCUGGGCUUGCAGACCGUCAUUGAGGAAUACAUCAAUGCGCAGGCCACUCUCCAGACCGUAUCCAACCCAUCUGGAAGUCUCUCGAACGGUGCCGGUCUCGGUGAGCCCAAGUUCAACGUGGACUUGAGCGCAUUCACUGACGGCUGGGGCCGUCCUCAACGUGAUGGUCCUGCUUUGCGUGCUAUCGCACUUAUUGAGUUCGGUAACUGGCUGAUCGACAAUGGAUACUCCAGCUAUGCUAUCAACAACGUUUGGCCGAUUGUCCGCAACGAUCUGUCUUACGUUGCUCAGUACUGGAGCCAGACUGGCUAUGAUCUCUGGGAGGAGGUCAACAGCAUGUCCUUCUUCACCGUCGCCAGUCAGCACCGUUCCCUCGUUGAAGGAAGCGCCUUUGCCGCGCGAGUUGGCGCUUCCUGCUCCUGGUGUGACUCCCAGGCUCCCCAGAUUCUCUGCUAUAUGCAAACCUUCUGGACUGGAUCCUAUAUCAAUGCCAACACUGGCGGUGGUCGGUCUGGCAAGGAUGCGAAUACCGUUCUGGCCAGCAUCCACACCUUUGACCCCGAGGCAACCUGUGACGAUGUCACCUUCCAGCCUUGCUCUCCUCGCGCCCUUGCAAACCACAAGGUUUACACUGACUCGUUCCGUUCUGUCUAUUCUAUCAACUCUGGCAUUGCUCAGGGUGUUGCCGUCGCCGUAGGCCGCUACCCUGAGGACUCGUACUACAAUGGUAACCCAUGGUUCCUGUCUAACCUGGCCGCCGCUGAGCAACUGUACGAUGCGAUCUACCAGUGGAACAAGAUUGGUUCCAUCACUAUCACCAGCACUUCUCUGGCCUUCUUCAAGGACGUCUACAGCUCCGCCGCUGUUGGCACCUACGCCUCGGGUAGCUCCACCUUCACGGCCCUCAUCAGCGCUGUGAAGACCUAUGCCGAUGGAUACGUCAGCAUCGUGCAGGCUCACGCCAUGACCAACGGUUCCCUUUCUGAGCAAUACGACAAGAGCAGCGGUUCUUCCCUCUCUGCCCGUGACCUUACCUGGUCUUACGCCGCCCUUCUCACUGCAAACAUGCGCCGCAACAACGUCGUGCCUCCUUCUUGGGGCGCCAAAUCCGCCAACACAGUCCCCUCUUCCUGCUCCAUGGGCUCUGCUGCCGGCACGUACGCUACACCCACCGCGACUUCAUGGCCUAGCACUUUGACCAGCGGUACUCCUGGAUCUACUACCACCGCUACGGCUACUUCCACCACCUCCACCACCAGUGCAUGCACAACCCCUACCUCCGUUGCUGUGACUUUCGAUGAGAUUGCUACCACUACAUACGGUGAGAAUGUUUACAUCGUCGGUUCUAUCUCGCAACUGGGUAGCUGGAACACUGCCAAUGCUAUCGCCCUGAGCGCUAGUCAGUACACUUCCAGCAACCCCUUGUGGUUCGUGACCAUCAACCUCCCUGCCGGAACUACGUUCCAAUACAAGUAUAUUCGCAAGGAGUCGAACGGCUCGAUUGUCUGGGAGAGUGACCCCAAUCGCUCUUACACCGUGCCUGCAACAUGUGGCACCACCACCACUACUGAGAAUGAUACCUGGCGGUAG